AUGAGUUCCCCUGGCAACCAGGAGUCCCAGCUGGGACAAGAACCAGCGGGUCAAUCAGAGGAAUCUCACAGGUUCACCGGGAAGAAACCAGACACUGGUGUACCCAGAGCUCCAUCCAUGAGUGAUUUGUCUAGAGCAACCCCCCCAAACAUGGCGGAAGGGGAAAGGGUACAAGAGAUAGGAUGUGAACCAGAUACCAGUGGUCAGGAUAAGCAACGGGAUCUACAUCAUAUUUUUGAGGAACUCGAGAAGAAGAUCAUGACUUUUGUGAACAAUGAGCUGCAGAGGUUUAAGCAGAUCCUUAGUCCAGACUACCAGGAAAACUUUGAGAUGAAAUCAGAAGAUGAGAGUGAUGCCAGAGAAGGAGCUCUCAAGAUGGCGCUGCAGUUCCUCUGUAACAUGAAGUAUCAGGAUCUUGCUGACAAAUUAAAUGAAAAUGAGAUGGAUGUAUGUUGCCAGAAUAGCUUGAAAAGAAAUCUCAAGAACAAGUACCAGGUCGUGUUUGAAGGAAUAGCCAAGCAAGGAAGUUCUGUUCUGCUAGAGGAGAUCUACACAGACCUCUACAUCACUGAGGGAGGAAGUGGAAAAGUAAAUGAGGAGCAUGAAGUCAGGCAGAUAGAGUACAGAUCCAAGAGGCCAGCUGGACAGGACAAACCAAUCAAAUGUGCAGACAUCUUUAAACCCUCACCUCAUCCUGGCAAGACAAUCAGAAGAGUUCUCACAAAGGGAGUGGCUGGCAUUGGGAAAACAAUAUCUGUGCACAAGUACAUCCUAGACUGGGCUGAGGGAAAGGACAACAAAGACAUCAAUUUCAUAUUUCCGCUGUGCUUUAGGGAGCUGAACCUCAUGAGAGAAAAUGAGUGCUCUUUGAUGGAUCUUCUUCAACACUUCUUUCCAGACCUAAAGAAAUUAAAAUCUGUCAGCCUGGACAAACAUAAAGUGCUGUUUGUCUUUGAUGGUCUGGAUGAGUGCCGAUUCCAUCUCAACUUUCAGAGAAAUGAGAGUUUGACUGAUAUGGCAGUCAUGAGACCAUUGGAUGUUAUCUUAACAAAUCUCCUCCAGGGUAACUUGAUCCCUUCUGCUCUACUUUGGAUAACCACUAGACCAGCAGCAGCCAGUAAAAUUCCUCCUGGUUGUGUUGAUCUGGUCACAGAAGUGCAAGGUUUCAAUGACUCACAGAAGGAGGAGUACUUCAGAAAGAAGAUAAACGACGAUCGUCUUGCAAGUGAUAUCAUUUCCCACAUUAAAUCAUCAAGGAGCCUCCACAUCAUGUGCUACAUACCUGUGUUUAGUUGGAUUGUUGCUACAGUUCUUGAGAUGAUUUAUUCAUCAGAACACAAACAGAUUCCAAAGACUUUGACGGAGCUGUACACAUACUUUCUCAUUUUUCAAAGCAAACAGAGCAACAUCAAAUACGGCAUGCAUGCUCCUGAGGCAGAAUGGAAGAAGCCAAUUAAGCCUCUGGGAAAGCUUGCCUAUGAACAGUUAGAGAAGGGAAAUCUGAUCUUUUAUGAAGACGACCUCAGAGAGUGUGGUUUGGAUGUCAAAGAAGCAGCCGAUUGCUCCGGGUUGUGCACUCAGAUCUUUCGAGAGGAAUCAGGGAUUUUUCUAGGGACAGUGUUCUGCUUUGUGCAUCUCAGUGUCCAGGAGUAUCUUGCUGCUCUGUAUGCAGUUUUGAGCAUGGCAAUUGAAGGGACAGACAUAAUAUCCUUAGACUCUGCACCUCCGAUGACUGAAUCUUUGAUCAACUUGCAUAAAAGUGCUGUGGACAAAUCUUUGGCUUAUGACGAUGGACGCUUUGACCUCUUUCUCCGCUUCCUUCUUGGCCUCUCUCUGGAGACAAAUCAGACUCUCCUGCAUGGUCUGAUGAGUAGAGGGCAGAGAGACAUCAAGGUCGAGAAUCAGAAUCAGGCCAAUGAUGAAACAAUCAGGUACAUAAAGGACAAGAUCAAGCAGGCCUCUUCCCCAGAAAGGAUGAUCAACCUCUUCCACUGUCUGAAUGAGCUCAAAGACCAGUCCUUAUUGGAGGGGAUCCAGAGCUUCCUGAGGGCAGGGGCAUCUUCACCUGGCCAGUGGUCAGCAUUAGUGUUUGUGCUGCUGACAUCAGACCAGAAUCUGGAUGUGUUUGACCUGAAGAAGUACAUCAGGUCUGAUGAAGCUCUCCUGAGGCUGAUACAAGUUGUGGAGGAAUCCCACACGACUCUAGUCGAUAGCUGUGGGCUCACAGAACAGAGCUGUGCAGCACUAGCAUCACUCCUAAACCAAAACAUGUCAAAGCUCAGAAAACUGGAUCUCAGUGACAACUGCAUUGGAGAUGUUGGAUUACAACAACUGUGUGAUGGACUGAAGAGCCCAAACUGUGUAUUGGAGACACUGAGGGUCAAAAGCUGUGGAUUCACUGAGCAGAGCUGUACAGAAGUAGCAUCUGUCCUAUGCAAAGAAUCAUCACAGCUAAGAGAAUUGAAUCUCGGUGGCAAUCCAAUUGGUGAUGAGGGAGUCCAACGACUGACUAGCGGACUGAAGAGCCCAAACUGUGCCCUGGAGACACUGGGUGUGAUAUAG